AUGAGCACCCUAUGGAUGGGAAACGUGAGUAUCUCGAACCAUUUCAGUCGACAUUUUUAACACUUCAUGUUGUAGGUAGCUAGUUGAAUCUAAGUAGCUAGCCAGGUUUAGCUAGCUUCAACUUGAAAGUUAUGUUUGCUAGCAUACUAGCUAGCUAGUAGUUGCAUAACGUUAGGUGGCUAGCUAGUUAACCGACUUGGUUUAUUAGUGCUACGUUAACUUGUUGCAGAUGGAACAUUUGACACCUAAUUACUAGCUAAACACAGCCUUUAUAAUAUUUGCAAGGGACAUGUGGUAGCUAACUCUUAGCUAAGUUAGCGUUAGCUAACCUUACCAUGUUAUGAUAAUGAAGUCUGUCUGUGUUUGUUUGGUAGUUGGAGCCCUACAUGGACGAAAGCUUCAUAACCCGAGCCUUCGGCACUAUGGGGGAGUUGGUGGUGAGUGUACGGAUUAUACGCAACAAGGUAACCGGGUGAGUAUUUUAUCUAGGACGUUUGACCUGAGUGUAUGGCUAUAGCUACACUAGCUCUCCAACCUCUUCUCCGCAUGUAGGGGUUUCAGCGGUUACUUACAUUCGCCCACAUUUGGCUCCAUGUAAUUUAGAAAAGUCAAAAAUCAUAGCUUUCAAACCGGUUUUCGAAACAUAUUCACCAUAUCUUUCAUAUCAGCAAUAACGAAUAUUUCCAAUAAGAAAUAUACACUUACUGUAGCAGUUUUGCACAGAUCCACAAGCUGUGUCUGCCUCCAGUUGACAACUACACUUCCUCCCCAGGUAUGCUUACACACCGGUGUUCAGAGGACGCUAGUUAGCUAAUUAACACAGGUAGUUGCUUAUGUCUUCCGCAAUGUAACAUGGAGAGAUAGCCUUGGGGGAGCACUAACCCUAUAAAAGUGUGUAGUAAUUUAACCUUAUUUUUGUUAAAUGUAUUUCUUGCUGAUAUGUUCCUUAUGUUUCCAAAAAAAUUACCACAAGCAUGCGUGUUAUUGUUUGGAGAAAGCGUCGGGAAACUCUUAACAAAACUCCCCCAGUCAAAAGAUACUGUCAGUGGCGGCAGCCACGGUAAAUUAGAUCUGGAAACUUACAAACCCGAUGUUACGACUAUGAAUGAACAUUUACACGGUACAAUUAUUACUUUACGUCUCCCUUUACUUGGUUACAGAUUUUUUUUUUUUUUUUUUUUUUUAUGCAUACAAACUUUUGUCAGUAAUGUGGCAUCUGCAAAGGACACGAACCGAACGUAGCUAGUCGAAGUUAGCUAGUCAAUCAAGCAACUCUAGGCCAGACUUUAGAGUAGCUUUGCAGCUUCCGGUUUCAUUUCCAAGUCUAGAGCUUGUUUUAGAACUGCAUUCGACAACGACGUUAUACCAGUAGAUGACGUAGUAGAGGCUUGGGCCUUCAGAAAAUUACUUGUGAUAAUGAUAAAGAUCAGCGCCUUGUUUAGAAUAACCGCCUGAGCUGCAAAAUAGAAAGUAAAUAUGCUUUCGGCUUAUUCCGCUAUCUAAAUACGCCAUGUUGUUGUGUGUUAUUUAAUGGCCAUAUAUUUGCAUAAUUUAUUUCUAUAGCCGUGUGGGGCUACUGUGGUGAUCAUGUAAUCUAGUGAAUCACACUUUUUCUAGUAUUUGGGAGCACGGACUGUAGGCCUUAUAUUAGGCAUUUUGACUGUUGUAUUAGUGAAUUCCACUCUUUGCACAACCGCGUCACGAAGAGGCUCUAUCCAUAUCAAUAAAUGAGACAAAACAAAUGUUUUAUUAAGUAUUGGCUAUAACCUGUCUUGUGCGAAAUAGCCAAGGGGUCCCAAAUGAUCAAGACUAUAGCCUAUUCUUGUUGCCAGAUCCGUUUUCCCUAUCAGCUACUGCACGUGCUUCUUCAACUAUUGUGUUUAAAAUGUAUUUAGAGGCCUGUGAGCUAGGGUAUCUUUUUAAAGGGAGCCCUAUUAUAAAAACAGUUAUAAAACACAAACUGCAGAGGAUAAGUUCAUUAGAGUUACAAGCCUCAGAAAUUGCAGCCCAAAUAAAUGCUUCAGAGUUCAAGUAUAAAUGAAAAAUAAAAUACUAAUUUAUCUUGAUUAGAUAAGUAUUCAACCCCCUGAGUCAAUACAUGUUGAAAUCACCUUUAGCAGCGAUUUACAGCUUUGAGUCUAAGAGCUUUCCACACCUGGAUUGUGCAACAUUUGCCCAUUAUUCUUUUAAAAAAUGAUUCAAGCUUUGUCAAAUUGUUUAUUGAGCAUUGCUAAACAAUCAUUUUCAGGUCUUGCCAUAUAUUUUCAAGUAGAUUUAAGUCAAAACUGUAACUCAGCCACUCGGGAACAUUCACUGUCUUCUUGGUAAGCAGCUCCAGUGUAUAUUUGGCCUUGUGUUGUAGGUUAUUGUCCUGGUGAAAGGUGAAUUCAUCUCCCAGUGUCUGGUGGAAAGUUGACUGAACCAGGUUUUCCUCUAGGAUUUUGCUUAUGUUUAGCUCCAUUCAGUUUCUUUUUUUUACCCCCCCCCAAAAAACUCCCCAGUCCUUAACGAUUACAAGCAUACCCUUAACAUGAUGCCACCACCACUAUGCUUGAAAAUAUGUGGUACUCCGUAAUGUGUUGUAUGGUUGGGGCAAAUACAAUAACACUUUGUAUUCAGGACUAAAAGUUAAUUCCUUUGCCACAUUUUUUUGCAUUAUUGCUUUUGUUGCAAACAGGGUGUAUGUUUUGGAAUAUUUUUUUAUUCUGUACAGGCUUCCUUUUCACUCUGUCAAUUAGAUUGGUAUUGUGGAGUAACUACGAUGUUGUUGAUCCAUCCUCAGGUUUCUCCUGUAACUGUUUUAAAGUCACCAUUGGCCUCGUGGUGAAAUUCCGGAGUGUUUUCCUUCCUCUCUGGCAACUGAGUUAGGAAGGACGCCUGUAUCUUUGUAGUAAGUGGGAGUAUUGAUACACUAGGCUUGGGCGGUACACCAUACAUACCGUAUACCAGAGUAUUUGGAAAUAGCCACAGGAUGGUUUUUCAAUACAUUUAACAUUUUGGUCAUUUAGCAGACGCUCUUAUCCAGAGCGACUUACAGGAGCAAUUAACCGUUUAAACUAUUUAUUUGAAGUUUUUCUAUACAUUUUAAUAUUUGUUGCAACUUUUUUAAGUAAAUACCUGCAGUGCAAUGCGUUAGGAGAUAAAGCAGAUUGCGUUCUUAUUUUACAUCAUGAAGCUUACCAUAGUUCCCCAGAACAGUUGAGCCAGUCACGUGUUUGUUUGUAAACUGGAGAAAGCGGGAGAAGGUGAGUCCAGCUGUGUGUAUUGACGGGUCGCGGUUUAUAUUGAAAGUCAAGUGUUUUUUUUUUUUUUGCUUCAAUGGAGUGUUCAGGGAAGUGCAACUCGUUUUCCUUUACAGAAAAUACAUAAGUGCAACACACUCGGCAGAAAAUGGCUUCAUUUUCAUCAGAUGACAACAGAAGUGCAACGCUAUUUGGCUGGCAGUCACACAAGUAGGCUAAAUGAGCUUACAAUGAAAAAGCUAUGCACGGCCGUUUAUAUUUCUGUUUAUCAUAGAAUGAAUGUAUCCAGCUACAUGUAAUGUUUUUCUUAAAGUUAAUCUUGUAGGCAGGCUACACCGAGAAAAGUAGCGCUAUCUGUUGAUAGAAUGCCCGUUCGUGAAUUGUCAUCAGUGGAGAAGUGCAACUGAAGCAGAAAAUUAGUCUGAUUCCGAGCAGAAAGUACAAUAAGAAGCAUUUUAGAACUGCGUUUACAAAACGCAAGAUAUUUCUUAUGCGUUUUGUCUUUUUUUUUUUCUUGUGUGAAAAACGAAGAAUUCUGCCUUAACGUGACCCCCUAAGUUUUAACUUGCUAGUUAUCUAAGUAAGUGGCUGAAUUAAUAAGGUGGACGGGGCAUCAUAUUGUGUUUGCUUUCUGCCGUGUUCGAGAAGUCAAAGCCCUUUUUGAUGAGUUAUCUGUACAGCUGCCAUCUUUUCAUUUCCUGGUAUUAUUUGCCCUCUCCUUUCUCACUAGAACACCGGCUGCUCCAGGGCCAGUAGUUCUGUUCAUUUGAACAAUGUCUCUCGAUCACAUUCGCUUGUAAAAGUCAACUCACCAAAAAUGACAAUCUGUAGCUCCUACCUAUAUACAGUGCAUUAGGACAUUUUUCAGACCCUUUCACUUUUUCUACAUUUUGUUACGUUAGUCUUAUUCUAAAAAUGAUUAAAUUGAUGAGGGGGGGGGGGACAAUCUACACACAAUACCCCAAAAUGACAAAGCAGGUUUUUUUUAUUUUUUUUGCAAAUGUAUUAAAAAUGAACUUUUAAAAUCACAUUUACAUAAGUAUUCAGACCCUUUACUCUGUAUUUUGUUGAAGCACCUUUGGCAGCAAUUACACCCUUGAGUUUUCUUGGGUAUGAUGCUACAAGCUUGGCACACCUGUAUUUGGGGAGUUUCUCCCAUUCUUCUCUGCAGAUCCUCACAAGCUCUGUCAGGUUGGAUGGGGAGCGUCGCUGCACAGCUAUUUUCAGGUCUCUCCAGAGACUGGGCCACUCAAGGACAUUCAGAGACUUGUCCCGAAGCCACUCCUGCGUUGUCUUGGCUAUGUGCUUAGGGUUGUUGUCCUGUUUGAAGGUGAACCUUCGCCCCAGUCUGAGGUCCUGAUAUCUCUGGAGCAGGUUUUCAUCAAGGAUCUCUCUGUACAUUGCUCCGUUCAUAUUUCCCUUGAUCCUGACUAGUCUCCCAGUCCCUGCCGCUGAAAAACAUCCCCACAGCAUGAUGCUGCCACCACCAUGCUUCACUGUAGGGAUGGUAUUGGCCAGGUGAUGAGCGGUGCCUGGUUUCCUCCAGAUGUGACGCUUAGCAUUCAGGCAAAAUAAUUCAAUCUUGGUUUCAUCAGACCAGAGAAUCUUGUUUCUCAUGGUCUGAGAGUCCUUUAGGUGCCUUUUGGCAAACUCCCAAGUGGGCUGUCGUGCCUUUUACUGAGGAGUGGCUUCCAUCUGGCCUCUCUACCAUAAAAGCCUGAUUUGUGGAGCGCUGCAGAGAUGGUUGCCCUUCUGGAAGGUUCUCCCAUCUCCACAGAGGAACUGGAGCUCUGUCAGUGACCAUCGGGUUCUUGGUCACCUCCCUGACCAAAGCCCUUCUCCCCCGAUUGCUCUACGGACUAUUCCUUCCACCUCAUGGCUUGGUUUUUGCUCUGACAUGCACUGUCAACUGUGUGACCUUGUAUAGACAGGUGUGUGCCUUUUCCAAAUCAUGUCCAAUCAAUUGAAUUUACCACUGGUGGACUCCAAUCAAGUUGUAGAAACAUCUCAAGGAUGAUCAAAGGAAACAGGAUGCACCUGAACUCAAUUUCGUGUCUCGUAGCAAAGGGUCUGAAUACUUACGUAAAUAAGGUAUUUUAUUUAUUUUUAAUAUACAUUUGCAAAAAAUUCUAAACACUUUUCGCUUUGUCAUUAGGGGAUAUUGUGUUUUAGAUUGAGGAUAAAAAAUAAAAUAAUCAAGUUUAGAAUUAGGCUUGAACGUAACAAAAUGUGGGAAAAGUGAAGGGGUCUGAAUACUUUCCGAAGGCACUGUAUGUAUUACUUUUUAUGAGCUGGAUUGCCUGUUUUUAGCAAUUGUUUUUCAAUUUCAUUUUCACUUCAUUAGCAUAUUUAGCUAGCAUCCUCCAUGGAAAUUCGCUAUUACUUGUACUUAUUUUGUUAGCUUUCUGGUAAUAGAUGGCCAAUGGGCUUUUUUAGCGUUUUAUUUUUUUGUGUCCCCUUGUGUACUAAGCCGGUAAUACCGUAAAUCCCGGGAUGAGAGGACGGGAUCUGGAUACCGCCCAACCCUAUGAUAUGCCAUCCAAAGUGUAAUUAAUAACUUCACCAUGCUCAAAGGAAUGUUCAAUGUUUGUUUACCCAUCUACCAAUACAUGCCCUUCUUUGCGAGGCAUUGGAAAACCUCACCUGAUCUUUGUGGUUGAAUCUGUGUUUUGAAAUUCACUGCUUGACUGAGGGACCUUACAGAUUGUAUGUGUGGGGGUACAGAGAUGAGGUAGUCGUUAAAGAAAUCAUGUUUUGCACACUGACUCCAUGCAACUUAUGUUACUUAUUUAAGCUAAAUGUUACACCUGAACUUACUUAUGCUUGCCGUAACAAAUGGGUUGAAUACUUAUUUAAUACAUUAGUAAAAAAAAAAGUGUAAAACAUCCUUCCACUUUGACAUUAUGGGGUAUUGCGUUUUAGGCCAGUGACAAACUAAAUUUAAUCCAUUUUAAAUUCAGGCUGUAACGCAACAAAAUGCGGAAAAGAUCAAGGGGUGUGAAUGCUUUCUGAAGGCACUAUGUACAUGGAGGUAAACUGACUAGCCAACAGCAUGGAUAAUAACCAAUAGCAGCAGUGUAUGUGAUGAGUCAAAAGAGUUAAUGCAAAAGGGGGUCCAUGCAGUUUAUUUGGGUAGCUAUUUGGUUAACUAUGUAGCAGUCUUUUUAUUUCUUUUUAUUUAACUAGGCAAGUUGGUUAAGAACAAAAUCAUAUUUACAAUGACGGCCUACCCGGCCAAACCCUCCCCUAACGAUGCUGGGCCAAUUGUGCCCCGGUCUAUGGGACUCCCAAUCAGGGCCGGUUGUGAUACAGCCCGGGAUCGAACCCGGGUCUCUAUUGACGCCUCUAGCACUGCGUGGCACAGCCGCCUUAGACCACUGUGCCACUCAGGAGGCCUAAAUGGCUUGGGGUUAGAAGCUGUUCAGGUUCCUGUUGGUUCCAGACUUGGUGCAUCGGUACCGCUUGCCGUGUGGUAGCAGAGGGAACAGUAAUGACUUGGGUGGCUGGAGUCUUUGACCAUUUUUAGGGCCUUCCUCUGACACCGCCUGGUAUAGAGGUCCUGGAUGGCAGGGAGCUCGGCCCGAGUGGAUGUACGCACUACCAGCUAUAGCGCCUUGCAGUCAGUUGUCAAGCAGUUGCCAUACCAAGCAGUGACGUAGCCAGUCAAGAUGCUCUCAAAGGUGCAGCUGUAGAACUUUUGAGGAUCAGAGCUCUGGUCAAAAUGCCAGAUAUUUUCAGCCUCCUGAGGGGGAAGAGGCUUUGUUGUGCCUUCAUCACAACUGUUGGUGUGUGUGGACCAUGUUCAUUCCUUAGUGAUGUGAACACUGAUGAACUAGAAGCUCUCGACCCGCUCCACUACAACCCUGUCAAUGUGGAUGGGGGUGUGCUCGGCCCUCGGUUUCCUUUUAGUCCACGAUCAGCACCUGGAGGGAGAGGAUGUUGUCCUGGCACCACCUUGCCAGGUCACUGACUUCCUCCCUAUAGGUUGUCUCAUUGUUGUCAGUGUUCAGUCCUUCCACCGUCGUGUUGUCAGCAAACUUAAUCAUGGUGUUGGAGUUGUGAGCGGCCUAAGCAGGCACCCCUGUGGGGCCCCGUGUUGUUGCCUACCCUCACAACCUGGGGGCGGCCCGUCAGGAAGUCCAGGAUCCAGUUGCAGAGGGAGACGUUCAGAGUCGUGAGCUUAGUGAUGAGCUUUGUGCCCUUUGACCUGACAAGGAAUGGCAUGAGGGCACAAACAGACUGGUACCCAGGCUAACACCAUUGUAUUAUAGCUACACACUAUACACAGUUAAAAGCAAUCCUUUUGAAUGCAACAUUGGACUGAUAUCCCUUCUCUCUGUGUUGCUCAUCAGUAGGGGUGCAGCAGGUUACUGCUUCGUGGAGCUGACCGAUGAAGCCACAGCUGAGAGGUGUCUUCGUAAAGUCAAUGGAAAAGCACUACCAGGAGCCACACCAGUAAAUAUACCAUUUUUAACAAGACUACUUAGAUGUUAUGGAUUCUAGGAUGUGUCCCAAAUUGCACCCUCGACAUCCCCCUAAAUAAUUCACUACUUUUGACCAGAGCCCAAUGGGAUGCAGACCUAGAUUGUAGCAGUUUAUACAUAAUGCUUUUUGGUAGCCUGAGACAAACAAGAUAUUUAUGCAAUUUGCCUCAUUAGCGCUUGUAUAAAUUUAAUGUAUUGUGUUCAUCAUAUUGUAAAUGAGCGUUUUUUAAGGAAGCCUUUUUGUACUUCCCAGGCUAGAAGAUUCAAGUUAAACCGGGCCACCUUUGGGAAGCAAGGAGAAAGCAGGUAUAUCAACAAGCUUGAUUGUAAGUCAAACUAAAUGUCAUGAGAAACAUUGGAAAUGAACACACAACUCCUUUUCUCUCUCCGCUGCAGUCCACUCCACUCUCUGUUCGUUGGAGAUCUCACACCUGAAGUGGAUGACGGGAUGCUGUACGAGUUCUUCUACAACCGCUAUCCAUCCUGUCGCGGGGGGAAGGUGGUGCUGGACGGCACGGGAAACUCCAAGUGAGUCCAGGAGGAUAUUAUAAUCACUAUAGCUGGUUUCCAUACAUCCAGGUUGAUUUAAUAUAGGAUGUGAGUACAAUUUGACAAGGCUAUUUCCAAUGGUCCUCUGUAGCUCAAUUGGUAGAGCAUGGCGCUUGUAACGCCAGGGUAGUGGGUUCGAUCCCUGGGACCACCCAUACGUAAAAAUGUAUGCACACAUGACUGUAAGUCGCUUUGGAUAAAAGCGUCUGCUAAAUGGCUUAUUAUUAUUAUUAUUAUUAUUAUUAUUAUUAUUACAUCUACUGUUACUAUUACACGACUAUUUAUAAUAGUCAAAACUUCUACACUAACAAUUUUAUGUUUAACUUCUUCCACUACCAAAAAAGUAUUCAAAACGUAAUUUGGUUAACAAUUUUUAGCAGUCUUAUUUAAUUUUUAUUUAACUAGGCAAGUCGGUUAAGAACAAAUUAAUAUUUACAAUGACGGCCUACCCGGCCAAACUCUCCCCUAACCCGGACGAUGCUGGGCCAAUUGUGCCCCGGUUUAUGGGACUCCCAAUCACGUCCGGUUGUGAUAAGGCCCGGGACCGAACCCGGGUCUCUAGCGUUCUAGUUAUUUACUUGUCUGAACGUUUCUCUUGUUUCCAGGGGUUGUGGGUUUGUCCAGUUCCCAGACCAGAGGCUUCAGAAGUUGGCGCUGGAGGAGUGUCAGGGAGCGGUGGGGCUCGGGAGCAAACCACUACGACUGAGCCUAGCUGCUAACAAGUGAGUUUUACUUCAGUUCUUACUGUGUUACUAUGUUAUACGACGUCUCCAGACAUGGCGUGUGUGUGUAUAUACCAUUCGAAAAACCAGGGUUGUAGCAUAACCCAAUCGUUUUCCAAACUACCUUUUUAUAGCCUAUAAAACUGUAGCUAUAUUGUUUGACUAUUCCCCUUGUUGGUCAGAUUUUUUGCAAGACCUGAGCAGAGUAUCUUUCCCCAAAAUAAAUACGUUUUUCAACUCCUAAAGAGGUGGGUUUAAUAAUCACUGUCCGAUGCCUCGGUUACCAAUAAUUCUCUCUCUCUCUCACUCACAGAACUCGUCAUAAUCAAUCAGACAACAGGGGGUGGGGGUCACAUGGAGGAGGCUACAGACACAACCAGAAUCAAUACAACCAACAGCCGUAUGGUGGUGGAUGGGGCUCAUGGGGCUACGACCAGAAUGGAGGCAACUAUGGCGGCUACAACUAUAACCAGUAUGAUUACACUCAGAAUCCUGUACAGGUAAGAUUGCUGCCCUGCUUCCCUUUUACUGGGGAUAUGUGACGUAGCUCAACGGCACCUUUAACUGGGGAUAUGUGACGUAGCUCAACGGCACCUUUAACUGGGGAUAUGUGACGUAGCUCAACGGCACCUUUUACUGGGGAUAUGUGACGUAGCUCAACGGCACCUUUUACUGGGGAUAUGUGACGUAGCUCAACGGCACCUUUUACUGGGGAUAUGUGACGUAGCUCAACGGCACCUUUUACUGGGGAUAUGUGACGUAGCUCAACGGCACCUUUACUGGGGAUGUGACGUAGCUCAACGGCACCUUUACUGGGGAUAUGUGACGUAGCUCAACGGCACCUUUACUGGGGAUAUGUGACGUAGCUCAACGGCACUACUACUUAGACAUGCAAUAUUAACACCUUAAUGCCUUGUGUUUUCCUUAAUGUAGUUAUGACUUUUCAAUAUACACAAUCAUUUUAUUAACCAACUCAUUUAACAUUUUCAGGAAAAUGAAGUUGUUGAAGAUGAUGGUCUGGAAGGUAGGUGGUGGUUUUUCCUACUUGUUUUUCCCCGGACUAGUGUGGCCAAUUUAUCUAAAAGGCUCUUGAUGACAUUGACUUGAUGGAAUUGAGGUGUUUCAUAAUUAAGUUAGAUUGAUAUCCUGCAUGUUCAGAGGAUUUACCAGUAUAUGUCAUUUAGCGGAGUCGGACUCAUGCUCCUCGACCCAAGGGGGUAUCCCCUCUUGGUCUAAUGGUUAACAGAAGACUGGGGUUCAGAUCCCACCUUUUGACGACAGCAGUCAACAAGUAAUCACUGCCAGCCUUUUCCUCCAUUGUAGAUCCUAACCCAGAGCUGGAUGUGGUGGAAGCCAACAGGAAGUUUAUGGAACACAGCGAGGAACUGUAUGAUGCCCUUAUCCAGUGCCACUGGCAACCCUUGGAAUCCUCUGAACAGGCCUUUGGAACCACGAGUAGCCUUCCAGAACCUGUCUACUGUUGAGGCAUGCAAUGGAAUGGCAAUAUCCUAUUUUGCCAUGUUCUUUGGACUUUCCUAUUAUAUUCUGUAGAUGUUUGAUCAUUGAAAGGCUAAAGACACAUCCCCAGUCCUUGGCCAUAACUGCCAUUUACUUACAGACAUUAUUUUUGUGUUAAUUGACAAGUUUUAUUUUGUGCCUCCUCUUAUAAAAGUCAGUGGACACCUGGCACAUGCUGUACCUAAGAAUAGCUUCCUGUUUUCAUUUGCUAUGCUUUGCAUCAUCUUUGCAGUUUAGGGUCUGUCCCAAAUGGCAUCCUAUUCUCUAUUUAGUGCACUGCUUUUAGCUAGGGCCCAAAGAACUCAGGUCAAAAGUAUUGCGCUAUAUAGGGAAUAGAGUGCCAUU